GCGUUGAUGCAAGUCACACAACCCCCGUGCGGGCGGCCGUCGAUCGCCGUCAUGGACAGCGGCCCCGAGAGCAAGGCGAAAGCUUACAAACUGAGCCAGGAGAUCGAAGAGCCUGCUACCGAUGGUUCCAGUGAAGAGUGUGGUAGUCAUAUGGUAUGCACGGAGGGUUUCUCCCAGGAAGAGGUGGCGGCCGUUACCAUCCAAGCCUACUUCAGGGCUCAUUUGGCGAGGAGAGCGUACAGGGCCAUGAAGAGCUUGGUGAGGCUGCAGGCGGUGGUGCGAGGGAUGUACGUGCGGCGGCAGGCGGAGGUGGCCAUCCUCUGCAUGCAGGCGCUCGUGCGACUGCAGGUUCGCGUCAGAGCAAGGCAACUCCUCAAUGAACUCUAA